AUGGUCAACGUCCCAAAAACCAGAAGAACCUACUGUAAAGGUAAAGAGUGUAGAAAACACACCCAACACAAAGUUACCCAAUACAAAGCUGGUAAAGCUUCUUUAUUUGCUCAAGGUAAACGUCGUUAUGACCGUAAACAAUCCGGUUAUGGUGGUCAAACCAAACCAGUCUUCCACAAAAAGGCUAAAACUACCAAAAAAGUUGUUUUACGUUUAGAAUGUGUUGUCUGUAAAACCAAAGCUCAAUUAUCAUUAAAACGUUGUAAACAUUUUGAAUUAGGUGGUGAUAAAAAACAAAAAGGUCAAGCUUUACAAUUUUAA